AUGGCGCCUCAACGAGACCAGUUCUCUGCGCCUGGCUCGGCGAGCUAUGGAUCGGGCACCAUGACUGUUGGAGAUGGAACCUGGGAGUUUUCGAAGAAUACUUUUCUGCUUCCCAAUCUCCAGGGUGUCAAUUUCGAUACGAUGCGGUACAACGGCAUGGGUAACCGGUUCGCUACGCUUCCUCAGUAUCACCGAAUCGUGCUGGCCCACGGCGUUAUGGGAGCUCUUAUUUUUCUCCUCUUGGUUCCCGUCUCGGUCAUGUUAGCUAGGUUCUACUCGCGAGAGCCGGGCUAUGCGGUCGUAUAUCAUGCACAGCUCCACGUCUUCUCUGGACUCAUGCUUCUCGCUGUCUUUAUCUUGGGCUUCUUCGCUGUCGGCCCAGAGCGGAAUUUGACAAACCCCCACCAUGGAAUUGGCGUCGCCAUUUUCGUCUUGUUCCUUCUGCAGCUUGUGGGAGGCCGACUGGUGCGCCACAUCACCAAAUUCAGAUCACUUCGAAUUACCAUGCAUCAGUGGUCUGGCAGAGCAAUUGCCCUUCUGGGCAUUGUCCAAGUUCCCUUGGGCCUUACGCUUUAUGGCUCACCAAAGUACCUAUUCGUCCUCUACGCCCUCUGGAUGAGCUUCCUGUUCCUGGUGUACUUCAUUUUGAGUUACCGAGCACAGGGUCGCCGUGAAAUAUACCGUGGCGGAGCUCGGUCUGAGGCGGGUCACACCCGGGUGACUGAGUCUGAAUACUUCUCGCAAGCUCCAAGACAUGAACGGAGCAAAUUUAUGAAUUGGCUCGGUCCACUUGCCGCUGGUGCGGGUGUUUGGGCCUUGUUGCGUGGGCGAAAUAAGAACAAGGAGCGGGACCCUAGUCCCAGCAGAUCACGUUCCUUUAUCAGCAGCCGUGGCCCUGAAGUCCUUCCUUCGAGAAGAGGCUCGGAAAGUUAUAUCAGCGAGAAGUAUGCCGAACCGCCAAGGAGGAGUAGCAGCGGAUUCAUGAAGAUACUGGCGGCCACAGCCGGCGCUGUUGGCGCUGGCAAGCUGGUUUCUAGCAUGAUGAAUCGGCGAAAUGAUAGAAGAGACGACGAGUACUCCGCUGUUUCAACCGAAACACCUCGCCAGCAUAGGUCCCGUCGACGAGAAGGGACAACGCUGAGCGAGUUUAGUAGUGAUUAUACGGACUAUCCUCGCCGACCAGAUGAGACGCAGACGUCGCUAUUGCCCCCCUCAGCGAAUCCUCCUGGCGGAGGUGGCCCAGAGCGGCCGGUGACGCCUCAACCACUUCAUUCACGAGGUCGUGCCGACUACGAAGAUUCCGACUACUCGUCAUACGUGAGCCCAUCACGACGGGUACGGGAUGACAGGCCUGGAGGUGGCUUGGCCAAAGGUCUCCUUGGAGGCUUGGGAAUGGGUUGGUUUGCCAAGAGGCUUGCCGAGAGGCGAGCCAGGAAGGAUGAAGACCGAUUCCGAGACGAGGAUGACAUGAGAUCCGGGGUUUCUGGCUCUCGGUUUACUGGCGAUGGAUACCCGUCUCCUUCUCGACGGAACUCCCGGCGGCCUCCUCCAGUCAGGCGAGGUACUGGACAUCCGGGCACUUCCGCCUUAUCAGAAAUGACAGAUCUGACGGAGUCGUCUAUCGAUACACGACCAGUAGGAAGCUCAUACACUGCUGGCCCUACUUCAACUCAUACUGGAACGGCUCCUCCAAUCGCGCCAAUUUCGGUUCCCGGACGUGGUGGCCAUUCCAGACCACGGUCAAGGUCGCGGGCCAGAAGCGGAUCUGUUUCCAUGCCGCCAAUGCCACCAGACCCUCAGGGCGUUUUACAUUCAGAAGCCGAGUCACAGAUGUCGUCUCUAGAUGGCGGCCCGCAGAGACGGCCAUCUGAACGGCGAAGGCGGGCGGGAGAGCGGGCUGCCGCCGCCGCAGCAGCCAGAGCAGGUGGGCUUGCUGCUUCGGAGAGAGAUCGAUACGGAUCACCCUCUAGCCAGCCUGUUAGCGUGAGAGUCAAGAUGCACGAUGAUAGAGAUCGAAAUGUUACUUUGCGACGGUUGACCGAAGAAGAACAAAGAGCCACCGGAAGGCCUCGAAGACGGGCAGAUUCGGAUAGCAGUGCCUCCGGCUUGGAAUCACCCAGCUACGGUCGUGGAUAUAGACGGGAUGCUGGUCAAAGAAGUGCAGAGCGAUCAGCCGAACGAAGAACAGAGGCGCGGGAGGGCCAACUUGGCCCGUUACCUCCUCCCAACCCUUCCUUUGCCAAAGGGCCAGGGAGGAACAAGGACUCAGCAUACUAUUCUGGACAACCGCAGCCGGGGCCAUCAGGAUCCUCACCAAUGGCCCACGAAAUAAUGUCUAGCCCGGGUAGCCCGGGCACGCACACCACAUGGAGCCAAAUGACGCCUUCACCAAGCGGCCCGGGCAGAGGCAGCGACUCGGUGGCUGCAGAAGACAGAAGACGCCGACGUAGACUAGAACGACGAGGAGCUGGCAGUGUGCGACCAUCUGAGCUGGAUAUGUUUGACUAA